CUACUUGUAGGACUACAACUUCGUAGGGAUAGUUUGUUUUGCAAUCACACCACUCAAAAUUCUUCAUUUUCUACAAAUACCAUUCUUAAGUUAUGCGUUCUUUUUCUUUAAUGAUGCUAAAUAUGUGUCAAGAGAGCACCAUACAAUCAUAUAAGACAUGAUCAGCUGUGUUAGGAUUGGAAGCAAGAUCGAACUCACGUACUUUUGCAGCAGGUAUAAUUUUGAUCACUUGCACUCGUCCUGAAAUAAUUUGCUUUUGAUCACUUCCACUCUGGUGAACUCCAUGGUAGUCGGAGCAUGUAAACAGAAGUCUCUUGUUUCUUCUUUAAAAAAAUUCUCUGAUUCAUUUUAAGCCACCCCUUUAGUUGCUAGUAUCUCAUGAAAAUGAUGAAAAGCAGGAAGAAUUAGGUUAUAAUAUAAUCUUUUCAACAUACGCGUAUACUCCUAGUGGAAUAAACUCUUAUCUUCACAAUUAUAUUAUUUGCCAUGCAUAAUGUUCAAAAAAUUAUAAAAACUUUCAUUAGUUGAUAUUUUUAGUUUUCCGAACUACUCCAAAUCCAGCAAUGGGAACUUACCCUUCCUGCUGAAGAAAUCAACAGAGUCUGACCAUAGGAAAAAAGCCAUGAAAGAUGUCAAAAGCCAUGCAUCUUUCGCUCAACAUCCUUUAGAGCUCCAUGGUCUGGCAUCCAAAGGUGCUUUACCAAACAGUACACAAAAGCCACUCGCCCAUUUGCUUUAUGCCUUCAGGCUAAUAACUACAAGCACAUGGGAUGUGGGUCACUUGCUGUCAAAAGAAACCAUAUAGAGAUGCAGCAAUUGGUAUUGAAUUAUAAAUGGCACCGACCAAGUCGCCACCCACUCACAUACAACCACUCGAUGUCGAAGCCAAUGAUACCACCAUUAAGAAAUAGCUUUUAAAAUCUAAUAAUAACAAGGCCCAAACCACAUACUAGUUCUUAACAGUGAAAGCUGAGCUCUUACACAAACAGGUUCGGAUUGCAUCUCCCAUGCAAAAGAAUGAUUAAUCUUCUUUCACGACAUCAACCAUUAGAUCACACCCAGCAUAGAUCUCAAAGCACUCCUAACUCCAUUCAUCCACUCGCACAGAUCUUGAAGCAGCCAUUGCGCAAUGCAAAGAUAGAUUCGUGCGAAUGAAGGUAAACCCUUUCUUUUCGCGCGAAAGAUACAGCCACCGUCCUGCACAAACCACUCACCCACAUGCCACAGACAUAUUUCAUAAUGGUAUCUGAACAUACCUGUAGACAGUCAGCACAUGCACCGAUCUCAGUUUGCACACCACCAGGAAUUUAUUUAGAAAGAGCCAAAAGGAAAUCUCAGUAUCAGAAUACUUAAACAAGGCUGUCCUAUAAUAUUUCCAGAUCCAGAGACCUGCAGGGCCACUUAAUGGGAAGCUUUUCCAUGAAGGUCAACUUAUUUGAUAAUUAUUUUUCAAAAGAAAAUCACUGGUAGACCACACCCACACACCAUACCCCUUCUACCUGGCCUCCAGCGUUCUAAGUCACAGCCAUCCUUGCAUUCUUUCUCAAAAAAUUAAGAUUCUCUCCUCUCCAUUUCCUCCUCAUCUUUCAACUCACACAAUGCCCACCAUCCUCUCUCAUCAGUAUCCCCAUACUUCCCCAAAAUGGGCCAAGUACCUGUCUCUUUGCUCCUCAUCUCCCACCUCCUAACACUUCCGACCGCCAUCCAUCAUACAACAGCACAGCAAGAAUGCACAAGCCUUAACACAGUUCCUCAUCAGGUCAGAGCUGGCUACUGGUUCUCCCACUCUGACCGCUACUCACCAGUUUCCAACAUCAACACCUCCCUCUACACUCACCUCUACUACUACUCCCUUUCUCUUGAUGACACUGAUUCUCGGGUUGCACUCCCACCCGAUGACCAACUUCCCCUUUUAGCCACUUUCUCGACCACCAUUAAAGCCGAAAACCCAUCCCUUAAGACGAUCUUGUCCAUUGCCACAGAUGAUGGCCAAACUAAUGUCUCCAAUGCUGCCUUCUCCUCCAUGGUAGCAAAUCAAACUCUUCGAGCGGCAUUCAUCAAUUCCACCAUGGAACUAGCCAGGACCAAUGCAUUUGAUGGGUUAGACUUGGCAUGGCAAUUUCCCUCCUCAUCUUCUGACAUGGCCAGCCUCGGGAUCCUGCUUGCAGAAUUGAGAGCCCGCAUAAAUGAGGAAGCACAGAGUUCAUCUUCCCCUCUCCUGCUAACGGCCACAGUGUACUUCUCAAACCACCUGUUUGAUGUGCCUGCUGACAAUCUCGACUACCCGAUGGAAGCCAUCUCAGACAACCUUGAUUGGACCAAUGCCCUCUGUUUUGGUUACCACAAGAACAGCGAUGUCACUGCUUUUGAUGCUCCACUCUAUGAUAAGGCCUCCCACUUCUCUACAAGUUAUGGCAUUACUUCAUGGCUGGAUGCAGGAAUCCCUGCAUGCAAGCUGGUAAUGGGUGUCCCUUUAUAUGGAAGAUCUUGGUUCCUCAAGAACAAAAUGAAGAAUGAAGCAGGUGCACCAGUCGUGGCCGCAGGGCCUAGGCAAAAGAUGAGCAACCAGACUGGUAUGAUGGCUUACUCUGAGAUCAAAGAGAUCUUGAAGGAUCCCGACGUUGUCUUUCUAUAUGACAACCAGACAGUAUCUGCAUAUAUCCAUUCUGGACGUCUGUGGGUCAGUUUUGACAGUUUAGAAGUGGUGGAGGUGAAGAUAAAGUUUGCUCUGCAGAAACGGUUGCUGGGCUAUUUUCUCUGGCCAAUCAGUUUUGAUGACUCAAAUUAUACAGUAUCCAAACAAGCUUCAGAUAUCUGGCUCAGAAACCAUGACUCUCCGUAUUAUGAGGAUGAGAAUGGUGUUGAACAGGCACCUUCUCCAGCUCAGCUACCACCACAAGAUGAUGCUCUGACUCCAUCAGCAGCCUUGUCUAGAUCAACACACAGGUCUCCAACAACUCAUCAAUUACAUCUAGAUUUGUAUAUUUUGCUGUUUCUUCUCUUUUAUCUUACAACACUUUAAGCAGCUCAGAAGUGUGAAAAGAACACCCUCCUG